CCGGUCUGUCUGUCUGUCUGUCUGUCGGCUUCGCAAACGAGACCUGUUCCGCCGUGACGUGCCAUCGCGGCCGCGGGUCCCACUCUACAACAAGAGUCAGUCGGAGAUUCAAAGACAGGGCCCAAUGAGGUCCCUCCUGCGUAGUAAUCUCCAGUCCCCCAAUCCAAGUCCCUCUUUCCCGGAGCCCUAUAGUCGGCAUCCCUUGCCUUUAAGCGGUGUCGACCGUGGCUCGCCGCCCUGGGUAACGGUGGAAGCCCACCACAGAAACCAUAUGGACCUCAUUUGCGCAACCAUGGCCUGUGCAGUUUGGCAAGGUAGUAUGCACUAGGUAAGAGGCAAAUCUAUUAGUGUAUCGAAUUUCAAUGGUGCUCGGCUGCUCGGACGCUUACUGGGAACACCACAUUCUCCCCGCGCAUUUUCGUGUUACAGAACCUCUCGCGCCUUCCUCGCAUCAUCGCCUUCCCACGAUUCAGAUGCCCAAAGUGGAAGUUGCCACCCACCGAGCUCGACGGGUAGCAGCUGGCUUCCGGGUUCAGUCCGCUUCGUCAUGCGUUUGUUUCGUUACACGCCGAACUGAACGAACUCCGGUCUGGAAACAAUCCCCUCAAGCUCAACCAACACUAACACCAACACCAAAACCACGCCAGCGACAUGGGUCUCCCCGUCUGGAGUCCCGUUUGCGCAAACAAAGCAAAUUGUUCCCUCCUCCCUUUGUCUCUCCUCUUGUCUCUCUCCCAGCCCCGAUGGCUUCCCGUGCAUCAUCGCCUUGCCGCCAUCGCGCCGUCUUUGAUGAUGAGAAAAUACCUUGCAACACCAAGCCCACAAAAAGUCAACCAUGUUACGGGUGGGCUCAUCGGCUGCGCGCUCUCCAUCUUCCCCCCACAAGGCUCAUCCCAUCGAAGCACCGGUCCUUCUGUACCUGGUCCCCUGACCAGGAUUCUCCCAGGAGAUGGCCCCCACAGAGCUGCCAAGGGCACGAAAAGGCCCCUAAGGAGGAUCGCCUCGCUGGUCCGUGUGGCUCGUCACCAGCAACAGCCUGCAGCAGAGAAGGAAUCUAGAAUGCGCGUCUGUUUCGAUGCGACAGCCAUGCAGGGCUGGUGUCGCAUCAUGACCCUCAUGGGCUGCAUUUUUCCGAACCAACCCGUUUGAUCAGCCAACGAAUUCCUCCAUUUGUAUGGGAUUAUGGUUGUGAGCCACCCCUCAAAACUCCGGGCGCGUGUGCGGAUUC